GGAAAAUCUAAGAUAUCUUUUAGAAGGCGACAAAAUAUAUUCUCAUGGCUGUGAAGCUAAACCUUUAAUUAGGAGGUUUAGCCAUCUUCUUCAUCGUCCUCACACGAACAGAGACAUACAUACAACCGAUUCAUAAAAAUCCUUCACUAAUUGUUACCAGUAGAUAUACAUACAACAGCGUUCGCGGGAAACAAAUAUAGCUGUUGUUCAAUGGACUCCUCAUUAUUUUUCCCAUCUUCUCAAUUCAGAAUUCUCCCGCCAAAACCACAGACCACGAGCAGAGGUUUUCCCUUUAAGCCCAGAAAACAGAGAACAUCACACUCAACGACCUUCCAAUGUCACAAGAUGUUUGUGCCUGGGUUUGGGGAAGCUUCUCCAGAAAUGAAAGCGGCCAAACAUCUCCACGAUUUUUUCACCUUCAUCGCGGUCAAAAUAGUCAACGCCCAGCUACAGAGCUACAAUCCGGAGGCUCAUGCGGAUUUGAUGGAAUUCAUGGAAAGGCAUUCUCUUACCGAUGGAGAUAAAUUCUGCGCUGACUUGAUGCGUGAGUCAUCAAGGCACAAGAAUUUAGCUUUGCGCAUUUUAGAGGUUCGAUCUGCUUAUUGCAAGAACGAUUUUGAAUGGGACAACUUGGAAAGAUUGGCAUCAAAGAUGGUGGAUGACCGUAAUACAAGACUGAUGAGGGAUUAUGUGUCGGAAACUAGCCAAUAACCGUGAGAAGAAAUAGUUUAUCGUCAUGAGCCAAUAUAGCGUGCAAUUUGUCAGUCACAAAUGUUGUAUUACAUAUGUAUAUAUAUGUUUGAAAUUGGUAUAUGUAGUUUGUGAUUGUAUUAUAUAAACUUGAGAUCAGAACAGAAGCUUUAUUAGAAAGUUGUUCUUGAAUCCAAUGUGCAGUGCAUACAUGCGACAAACUCGUAAGUGCAGAAUGAAGAAAUUCUAGGUCUGCCGAUAAAUAUGUUUAUUAUAUUCCCUUGAAUCUGGCUUUCUUGAUUUGACUCUUCCUCCCACCAUCAUUUGGAUUAACUAACUAAGCCAAAUCUUGAGAGUGAAAACAAUUCACCAUCCAAAACUCAAGCAGAAAUCGGAAAAACUGACAGCGGCAUCCUCACAAUGUGAUUCAAACUCCCCGUGAGCACAAUUUCCCCAAAGCUGAAGUCAUCGAGCGCCCGAUCGACAAGUAAUCUUAUCUCCAAGAUUUGAGAUUCUCCAGGAGCUAAAGUAAACCAUAAUGGAUCCACUUUAACUGUGACUCCAUUUGGUGGGAACACGGCACACAGGUAAGUCUCUCGUAUUCUCGCCACAUUCUUAACAACUCUCUGUGUCAUUCUCAUUCCAGAAAGUGCAGUUAUUGUGACCGAUGGCUGGUUCAAAUCCGAAGGGUUGCUAAAAGCAGCUGCACAUGUUCCUCCAGUUGCACUUCUGAUUUUCUCGGGAUCGGUAUUUGGUAGAGAGCACAAGAAAUUGAGGUAAUCUUCAUAAUCUGUAUACGAAAAAAACAAGUCCUGGAUCGAGGGCUUGGAUAGGAUUCACUAGACCAGCACCAAAACCAAAAGGGGCGGCUGGAUAAAGUGUGUAGGCAGCAAAACCUUCAGCCAUGAUUGGAUCUCCUCGAUUGUCGUGUUUAAUGGCUGUAGUCGACAUAGCCGAAGCAAUCAUCGAGGGAGACCAAUUGGGGUUCUUUUGCUUGAUUAUUGCAGCUAUGCCUGCAAUAUGAGGUGUUGCCAUGCUAGUUCCUGAUAUAAGUGCAAAACUGUAGCCAGACAGGAUUGGGUUCUGGACACUCAUUGGGCUCCAAGCGGCCCAAAUUUGGUGGCCCGGAGCUAAAAUAUCGGGCUUGAGGACAUCGGUUGGGUUUCUCUUUUGGUCGAUGUAAUCGGGACCUCUUGACGAGAAUCUGCUCACAACAGGCGCUCUUUCUGUGAACAGAAAACGGAAUAGGUUCAGCAAUAAAGUCCCCAUAAUCAGGGUUCGCCACAAGCACGAAACCUGAAAACCCGAGCAUCUUUGCUGUGUCGAUUAUGGCUGUCAGGUUCGAAGUUCCAUUGUAAAAACCGGUCGAGAAGGUGCAGAUAACUACACUUUGAUUCACCAAUGUGGGGUCCAGCGCCUCCGAGUACUGGCACUCGUCUAUGUAAUCUGGAGUAUUGGGAAAUGUUCGAUUCACCCUAAUUGCAUCCCGAGCAAGCACCAGUCUAUGCUGAAUCAAUCCAUUUCCAAAACUCGGACCUGACAAUCCAACUCCGCCUAUAUUUUGACCGUUGCCAAGGGUAAGAGUGCCGGGGUAACUUCUGUCUGUGUUACAGGCGGCAACACCAAAAGCCCAUGGGCUGUACGAAACGACACUGUAUGGGCCCGGCCCAAGAUUGCCAGCGGCCUGAACAACAAAGACUCCGGCUUUUCGUGCAGAUAAUAAGAAUAUGUCAAAUGUGCUCAAGAAUGUAAGCGUGUCCUCUGGUGGAGCAUCGGGUCCCACGGAGAGAGUUAAGAUAUCAACUCCGUCUAAUACAGCCUGCAAAACGAGUCGUAAGACAUGAAUAACUUAUUACAGUACUGUAGUUAUCUGAUAAAUCCUUUUUGUUUUUCUUAUUGGCUUUGGUUCUUUGUUUUUUGGUAUUUUCUGAUGUGCAAACUGGGAAACUGUGUAUGUUUAACCUCUGCUGAUUGAAUAUAUAUCUCAAUAGUCAAUU